AUGGAACAACCAAAAUUGGCUAAAGUUAAUAAAAUUUUGGGCAGAACAGGCAGUCGCGGUGGAGUGACUCAAGUACGCGUCGAUUUUAUGGGCGAGUCUGGCUGGGAAGGCAGAACUCUCAUUAGGAACGUCAAGGGCCCAGUACGCGAAGGUGAUAUCCUAGCAUUGUUAGAAACUGAACGUGAGGCUAGGAGACUAAGAUAA